CAUUGUUCAGACCAAACCGUGGCUUAUUCGACAGGAACACAAAACUACUAUACACAAACCAAUUCGACGCUUUAAUGGACGCGGUUCAUUCGGCAAUGAAGGCUCUUGGAUAUGGUGAUGUUGAUAUCGCUGUUGGUGAAACGGGUUGGCCUUCUGUUUGUGAUGGUUGGGAUGCUUGUAGUGUGGCUAAUGCUCAGAGUUAUAAUGGUCAGUUGAUUAGGCAUUUGGCGGAAGGGAAAGGGACACCAUUAAUGCCGAAUAGACGGUUUGAGACUUUUAUUUUUGCGUUGUUUAAUGAGAAUCAGAAACCUGGUCCUAUUGCUGAACGUAAUUGGGGACUCUUUCAACCUGAUUUCUCUUCGGUUUAUGAUGCUGGAAUCCUGCGUAACGGACAGAAACCAGUAGCACCGGUAAAAGGAGGAGGAAAAACGCCAACGCCGCGUCCGGUAGUUGAAGGGCAGAAAUGGUGUGUGCCAAAGGCGGAUGCGAGCCCUGGAGCAUUACAAGCGAAUAUAAACUAUGUUUGCAGCCAAGGAAUUGAUUGCAGGCCGAUCCAACCGGGAGGAGUUUGUUAUGCUGCCAACAAUGUUAAGGCAAUUGCCACUUAUGCGAUGAAUGCUUACUAUCAGGCUAAUGGAAAACAUGAUUACAAUUGCGACUUCUCGCAUUCCGGUGUUACUACUUCAGUUAAUCCAAGUCAUGAUAAUUGUAGAAUCUGAGGAUGUUUGGAGAUAGAAAAAGGUCG